CAUUAAAAUAAAAAAUAACUCUAAAACCCUUUAUAUACCCUCUCCGUCGCAGCGUGGCUCUGCAACAUACUCAUCCAGACUCUGCGUCCUCUCUCUGUUCUCUGUUAACUCUUUGGAAGCGAAAAGCCUGUGUUUUUUUCGCCGAAACCGCAAACAUGAGCCGUCAUCCGUGUGUGAGAUGGGCCCAGAGGUCUGAUGUACUUUUCAUUACUAUUGACCUGCCGGAUGCGCAGGAUGUGAAGCUCAAACUAGAGCCUGAAGGAAAAUUUUUCUUCUCUGCUACCAGUGGAGCAGAAAAGAUACCUUUUGAAGUUGAUAUAGAACUUUAUGACAAAGUUAAUGUAAAUGAGAGCAAGGCUAGCAUUGGCUUGAGAAAUAUCUGCUACCUUGUGAAAAAGGCUGAGGACAAGUGGUGGAGCAGAUUGUUGAAGCAAGAGGGGAAGCCUCCUGUAUUUUUGAAAGUUGACUGGGAUAAAUGGGUUGACGAAGAUGAGGAGCAGGAUAAGAAACCUGGAAAUGAUAUGGACUUUGGCGACGUUGAUUUUUCGAAACUGAACAUGGGUGACGGUGAAGGCUUUGAUGCUGAUGCUGCUGGGGGAGAUGAUGUAGACCUUGAGGAUAGUGACACUGAGGAAGAAGAAAACGUUGAGCAAGCAUCAUCUGCUGGCGGCAAGCCUGAUGCAAAAGCUUCUCUUGCUACUGCAUCUGGUGGCGCUGAGCCUGGUGAAAAAGCAUGAAGGGUUCUCUCCGAUGUGCCUUGCAGCGCAUAUGCUAACCCCGAGAUUUGUCACGUAGUUAAUGUUGGCGGCAUAUAUUAUUAAAGCAUGAUUAGUAGCGAAUGUUUUGCUUUACAUAUCUUUGCCUUUUUUUUGGGUGUUGGUGAGCUUUAUAUUUAUGGUAUGCAUACGUUACAUGUAUGAAAAUUUGGGCUUUGGUGUUCA